CCGCUUACAUUUGAAGCAAUGUGCGGCUAGCACAAUGAAAAUGUGAAACCGAAACCGAACACGCUUGGCAGGAAGUCAGGAACAAACUAAAGCCUUCUUAGCGUAGCGACGCUGCUUUCUCUACGAGUUCUUCUUUUGCUUUCCUUCUUCAAUCGGGUUAAUUCCUCCUCCUUCUUGCUGUGAUUAAUCUGUUGGGGAACCUUCUCUAACCAAUAUAACAUUAUUGUCUCAGAAAGUGAAAAAUUGUUACAAAUGCUUGUUAUGGUGGUGGUGCUGCUGUUGAAUUCUUUUGUUAUCUACGCUGGUAUCAACAAUGCCUCAAGAUGCUGUUUAUGAACGCCCUCUGUUUGGGGGCAAACUCUCAAGCUUGUUCCCUCAUAGAUUCCAGGAUGUCAGUGACAUUCGACAAGUCCCUGAUCAUCAGGAGGUUUUUGCAGACGCUACUCGUGAUGAGAGCUUGAUCUUUGAGCUUUUAGAAUAUAAGCAUGAUGUUGCUGAUAAUGGAAGUGCUGUCUGGUUUCUUCAAGACCUUGCUAAUGAGCAGGAUGCUGAAGGAAGUGUGGUAUUCCAUUAUUUCAUUCUGCUUCUUAUGGUUAUUGAACAGUCUGGAGUCCUUGAAGCGCCAGGUUUGAUGUACAAUAACACACCUGCUAUUGUAACAACUGCAGUAGGGCAAAUGGCAAUUUCUAAGGGACGACAAGGAAGGGAAGCACAAAAUAUCAUCAAAGUUUAUUUGGCAAAUCUGCGUCUUAAAGGAGUUGAUACUGAUGUACUUGUCACUGCAUAUGAGCCCAUUCUUAUAAACCCAUUUAGCGAAAGCGCAGGCACAGUUUGUGCCGGAAUGGCUGUUCCGGCUGAACAAGCUGGAUGUAUUACGAUGGAGGAGGUAUUCAGACUAGCAGUAACAAGCUUCAAGGUUUACGACUGGGGUCUUUUUGGGGCAGAAAGUUGAGACUCAUCAAUUAUCUGUGGUGGGACUUCAGCCUUAAGUUAGAAAAUAAUAGUUGGUAUUCACCAUCUGGAUCAUUGUCUACAUUCCUUAUAGGGUAUAUGCUUCUAUUAUGGUAGAACUACUUUAGUUGUGUUUCUUUUGGGAUAUAGUUAUAUUCUAUCUUCGUAUGUUGUUAUCAUGAAAUUGAAGGGAUGGAUUGUUACGUAAAUAGUACCUAACUAGUACCAGGAGGAAAUAAUAUUUUGGUUAGAAAUGUUAAGUGACUUUCAGUUUUUGGAUGUGAUAGAUUCUGAUGUCCACCAUUUUUUUUAUUCUGAUGGUUCAUAAUUCACUCUUUUUCAAGUCCAAUUGAACCCUGAUGUCUAAUUCAA